UAUUUUCGUGUUUAGUUUAAUCGAACUGAUCUUCCACUCUAUGUGAAGCAAACUUGCUGUUUAGAUUCGGAAGAAGUCUGAAGAUUAGAGUCCGAAGUAGGGUCUCGACCCGAAACGUUACCCAUUCCUUCUCUCCAGCGAUGCUGCAUGUCCCUCUGAGUCACUCCAGCUUUUUGUGUCUAUCUGUUGUUUGGAUUCAUUUGAUAUUUAAACUUACAGCGUACUGUUGAUAUUUUUAGUCGAGUUUGAUUAUAUUUAUUGCACAAACAGCGACCACGUCUACAUUCCAGAUUUUACAGUUAUGGAAUUAUUGCGUUUGUCAACUCGCCAAAACAACAAUCAAACUUGGAAAACCGCCGAAUAAUUUUAUCUUGCUAAUGUAACCUUGCCGUUUAUGCAUUGGGGAUAAUUUUGCAGAUAGAAAUCGAAAAUGAUAUAAUUUCAAUAGUCUUGAUGAAACCCAGGUAAAUGAUUAUGUACAUUUUAAAUACAUUGUUUCUCGUUUAAUUCCUAAGGAUACAUUUAGUCACUUGGUAUAAAACCACGUUUGCUCCGCAACUGGUGACCAAUAGAAAUCUCUGUAUUGAACUAGAAGCAUUCAGGCUCUGCCUCUGUAACGUCAGCUGGUCCUCAGCAGAGAAAGCGCCAGUAAAACUUGCGUCAUUAAAUCAGUAAUGUAGGUCGGAAUUCUCACACGGCCCUUGUAACAGUUUGGAAGACCUAUAGCGACCCAAAGGUAAUUCCGAGAUGCUUCCGAGCCCCGCAGCACCGAGCACGCCAUUCUCUGUCAAGGAUAUUUUAAAUUUACAGCAUCACCAGCAAAAACAACGGAGUCUACACUCGGACUUAGGUCUGGACACCCUUCUUCCUUCUUGCAUGCUGGAGCGAGUCAAUCAGGCCAAGUGUAUUCCUAGCCAGGCCCUUGGAAACGAGGUGAUCAAAUUCCAUAGUCAGAGGAACCAUGCAACAUUUCCAACCAGACUGGCCUUAAACAAUGCUCCGAACUCCAGCGAACUGCGGAUGGACUUCUCUUUUCAAAACACCCCACAAGACCUAGAAAGAAAAUCGAUGGAAAAGAAUAUUAUCCCGGAAGGUAAGAAAAAUGAAGAUUUCGAAGGUCCAGUGCGGAGAAAUCGCCGAAAACCGCGGGUGUUGUUUUCUCAAGCCCAGGUGUAUGAGUUGGAGAGACGUUUCAAGCAGCAAAGAUACCUGACCGCCCCCGAGAGAGAACACCUGGCAAACGUGUUAAAACUGACCUCGACCCAAGUCAAGAUUUGGUUCCAGAAUCGCCGAUAUAAAUGCAAGCGGCAGCGUCAGGACAAGCAUUUGGAGUUUUGCCCAUCCCCGCCUGUCCCUCGGCGGGUUGCGGUGCCUGUGUUGGUUCGUGAUGGAAAGUCUUGCUUGGAACCAUCCCCUUCGUACGGCACCCCAUAUAACGUUAGCGUCCCUCCAUACAGCUACGGUAUUUACCCCAGUUGCAACGCCAGCACCUGUGAGGGGGACUACAAUUGCAUGUAUUCGAGCAUACCUCCGGUGCAAUCAAGUGCCUCUGUCAGCCCUUUUGUUAAUAUGAGCAUGAAUUACAAUGUUAGCAACACGGGUUACCCCGCAACACAAUCUCAGGCCCAUCAAAGCGCAGGGGUCGCGGCUUUGCAAGGAAACCUCCAUGGAAUUAGAGCUUGGUGAAGGUUAUAGUUACUCUGUACUGGCAACCUACUUACUCUGUACUGCCAACCUAGAGACAAGGGGGCAGCGAAGUCGGACAAUUUUCAAUAUAUGAGUGAAGAGAUGCGUUAUUUUAGACUGCUAAGAAAUUGGAGUAAAAUGCGUGAGGACACAUCUUAUUAUUUAUUAUAUUAGUUUAAUUAUUUUAAAGAGUUGUUCGCUUUGUAAGGCGUGUGCACGACAUGUGUGAUUUCAAAAAUAAGAAGAAGGCUAUCAGAAAUACGUUUGGUUAUGGGCUCACCCCAAGCUAAGGAAUGUCUACAAUAGUUUUCGAUCUGUAGUCUCUUGGAAUUUCCAUUGAAUAUCAGAAAUAUUUUUGUAAACUUCCAUGUUAAUAAAAUAAGGUA